AGGGGAAAUGCCACUUCCACUCCAUCCCGGAUGAAUGGUUGGCUCAGGUCCCUCAGGAGACUGCAAGCUGCACCCAGGGUUGUUGGGAGGAGUCAAUGGCGUGAUACGGGAAGCCCCGAACCACACGCCAACUGGGAAGGUGAUGGUCAGCGAGACCAGACCAGCCUAAUUCGGGGUUUCUGGUCCUGCUCCAAGAGUCCUCCAGCUGCAGCCUCCACCAAGGAGGGAGGACUGAACAGCGAGGGGGUGGCAGUCUGGGCAUCAGAGACCUGGGGAAGAAGCAGGCCUGGCUUAUAGCAUAGACAACUCAGUGCUGCACCAGCAAUCAGGAGGCCCUGCUCCUGAUGGCCCUGUGACCUCGGGCAAGGCCUUUGCUCUCUCUGGGACAUAUUCAUUCAUCUUGAGAACACAGGGUUAAACUGCUGAUUUCUAGCCACUCCUGAAGCUCUGACAAUUGUGACUUUAAGUCAGGUGGCAGGAGCCUGUGCCCCAGCUCUGUUAAAUUCAUUGGUGGAGGCCUGUCAGGCCCUCGCUCUGUCCUGGGGUGUCCUGCCGAAGGGUGAGAGGAGAAGCCAUGCUGGGCAGUGGCCCCAGCGAGAGGAUGACGUGGCCCGGCCCGGCCCUCCCGGCGGCCCCCCCAACCCGCCCUCUCUCCUCAGCCCCGGGGACACCGCCCAUCCCACCCCUCACCCGGACCCGCAGCCUCAUGGCCAUGUCCCUGCCGGGGAGUAGACGGGCCUCUGCUGGAUCCCGCAGGCGCACCUCUCCACCCGUGAGCAUGCGGGAUGCCUACGGCACCUCUUCCCUUAGCAGCAGCAGCAACUCGGGCUCCUGCAAGGGCAGCGACAGCAGCCCCACGCCAAGGCGCUCCAUGAAGUACACGCUGUGCAGUGACAACCAUGGCAUCAAGCCCCCCACCCCGGAGCAGUACCUGACUCCACUGCAGCAGAAGGAGGUGUGCAUCCGGCACCUGAAGGCCCGCCUGAAGGACACGCAAGACCGGCUUCAGGACCGGGACACAGAGAUCGAUGACCUGAAGACUCAGCUGUCACGCAUGCAAGAGGACUGGAUCGAGGAGGAGUGCCACCGUGUAGAGGCCCAGCUGGCCUUGAAGGAGGCCCGCAAGGAGAUCAAGCAGCUCAAGCAAGUCAUUGACACUGUCAAGAACAACCUGAUUGACAAGGACAAGGGGCUGCAGAAGUACUUUGUGGACAUCAACAUCCAGAACAAGAAGCUGGAGACGCUGCUGCACAGCAUGGAGGUGGCCCAGAAUGGGAUGGCCAAGGAGGACGGCACCGGCGAGUCGGCCGGCGGGUCCCCUGCCCGCUCCCUCACCCGUAGCUCCACCUACACCAAGCUGAGUGACCCAGCUGUCUGCGGCGACCGCCAGCCCGGUGACGACCCCAGCGCCUCCGCUGAGGAUGGGGCUGACAGUGGCUUUGCGGCAGCGGACGACACACUGAGCCGGACGGAUGCACUGGAGGCCAGCAGCCUGCUGUCAUCAGGGGUGGACUGCGGCCCCGAGGAGGCCUCGCUACACAGCUCCUUCAGCCUGGGCCCCCGCUUCCCCGCCAGCAACACCUACGAGAAGCUGCUGUGUGGCAUGGAGGCCGGCGUGCAGGCCAGCUGCAUGCAGGAGCGUGCUAUCCAAACAGACUUCGUGCAGUACCAGCCUGACCUGGACACCAUCCUGGAGAAAGUGACCCAAGCCCAGGUCUGUGGGACAGUCCCCGAGUCAGGGGACAGGCACCAAGAGCUGGACCCCCACCCCCCGGGACCCAGAGACCCCAGUUCAGCAGUGGUGGUGACAGUGGGUGAAGAGCUCGAGGCCCUGGAGCCCAUCACCCACGGGCCCACCCCACACCGGCCUGGUGCCAAUCCCAACCCUGGCCCGUCGGUGAGCGUGGUGUGCCCCGUGGAAGAGGAGGAGGAGGCAGCUGCAGCCGAGAAGGAGCCCAAGAGUUACUGGAGCCGCCACUACAUCGUGGAUCUGCUGGCCGUGGUGGUGCCGGCCGUGCCCACGGUGGCCUGGCUCUGCCGCUCCCAGCGGCGCCAAGGCCAGCCCAUUUACAACAUCAGCUCCCUGCUGCGGGGCUGCUGCACCGUGGCCUUGCACUCCAUCCGCAGGAUCAGCUGCCGCUCGCUGAGCCAGCCGAGCCCGAGCUCUGCAGGCGGCAGCUCCCAGCUCUAAGGAGGUCCGUCCCGGGCAGUGGCUCCGGCGGCCUGACCACUGAUUGUAGGGAUGCCAUUCUCCCCCUCGCAUCUCCUCAUGGAGCAUCAUCUUAUUUAUUUAGUUGUGGGUUUGGAAUCAUUUUUUUCAGGAUUUAACAGCAUCAGGGACUGGGAGUGGGGGUUGGGAAAAGGCAUUCCCAAACUUCAACAGAGAAGGGAAGGGAGACCAAAGGCAGGGAGGCACAGUGAUUGGACAAACUGCAGAGGGAGAAGGUGGGAGGGUCCCCCAAUCUGGCCCCUCUGUCCACCUGGCCCUGUAGACAGUGUAACUGCUCAGGAAGUCUCUGGCUGUAUUCAUCUGGGGAAGCUGGGCUUGAGUUGCUUAUUGGAGCCUCCCCACCUCGCACUAUCCUGUCCAGUGCCAUGCCCACUCCAGCCUUCUCUCCCAAGCCACUGCUUGCCCUCAGCCCAGGCCUCUGGGCCAGUAUUAUCACCACAGAUGGAGGCAGCUGUGGCCCAAAGUGCAGAUAGCUGACCCGAGGACUCAGAGCUGGGGUCGGAGCUCCAGGCUCCCUGACCCCUCCCCACUUCAUGAUGCAGAAACACAGUUGAGGCCACAGGCUGGGGGAAAGACAGUGCUGGGGCACAUGGUGGCAGAGGGCACUGUGGCUUCUGCAUCUGUCUGUUCAUCCCAGGCCUUCCCCCUAAUCCAGUUCCCUCUUGGCACUUCUGGGUCUGUCAGAUUAUUCUCCCUGGGAGACAGCCAAGCCCAACAACUCAGUGCUGGGGUGGGAACCUUGCUGAGCCCAGCUCCCAGCUGUAGAAUCCGCCAGCAUGAGAAGAGGAGGCAGGACAGGGAGCUCGGGGGCUCCUGCAGCCUUCUGAGCUGAGGCCAUGUCAUCUGCCAUCUGGGAGGCAGGCGGGGCUGGACUCAGAAGUCCUCAGCUUGUAUGAAAAGCCAGAGGCCGUGACUGCCCCUGGAGCUUGCCCGAGUUUCUCUGGAUGCUUCGGGCUCAACUCAGCUUUGCACUGUAUUCACUUUGGGGCUUGGCUCUUGCCCAUCCCAGGAUCUCCCAUGAGGUGGCUGCUUGCUUUCUGGGAUGAGGGUUUCUAAAUCUCAGAUCUUUCUGCCUCUGGAGGAGGGUAGGGAAUUCUGGCAGGAUGAGUCACAAGAUGGGGUUUAAAGCCAUGAAGUUUGUCCAGGCCAAAGCAGGUGCUCUGGGAUGCGAUUCCAGGAAGGGGCGGGGCAGGGCGGGCAGGAGCCCUGCAGCCUGCCUAUUCCCAGCUCAAGCCCAGUUGGCCUAGGCAGGUUCGCUGUCCCCAUCCUCCAUUCUUCCCCUGGGACCCAUCUGAGGCCCUGAGCAAAGCUGCUGGUAUUUCAUUUCCAUUAUUAUGUACAAAGUAAACUCGCUCUUCUUCCCCCGCAGGGGGUACACCCAUCUGGUUGUCCCUUCACUGUUCAGAGGGUGGACCGCACGUUUGGGAAGUUGUGGGACCCUGUGUCUCACCCCUCUGGCCAGGGGGCCACUCUGGUUCUCUGCCAGGGUUGCUCGCCCUUACCUCUACUGCCCCCACAGCCACUGCCUGACUCGUGGGCUCUGCCCUCUGCUCUGUGUCCUCCGCUCAUGGCGGGCACCUGCAUGUAUUAGGAGUGGAUGGCCAGCCCAGCCAUCGGGGCGAGAGCCCCCUCUGCCAUGCGCUUUGUACCUCCAAAGCUCCCUGACAUUGGUCAGGGCCUCAGACCAGCCAUCCUUUGUGGAGCAUCCCCUGCCCCAGCUGAACCAAAUCUGAAUGCCUGGGGCCUGCCUGGGGCUGCCCCACAGGACACUGGGGUCGUGCCAUGGAGGGGGCAGUGGACAAAACCAAUCCAAAGCCAAGCCGGGACUGGCUGUGGACCAAGCCUCCUGUGCCGAGUCCUCACAGAGCCACAUAGUUUCUCCUUAGAAACAGUCAAAGCUUUGCUGAGAAAAUAAAUGUAUGAACUAUAUUUGACAACACAAAAUCUAUAUAUUUUUCACCACUGGAAUUUAGUCAAGCUGCGUAGCCCCUCUGCUCCUGUCCGUGUCUUGCUGUCUGUGGCUUUCCUGUUGCGUCUCGUGUUGUGGUAGACAUGGGCAGGGCUGGGGCCGUAGCCCACUCUGUCCCUGCUGCUGGAGAAGCCACUUGUGGAGGGGUGGGCUGCCACAUUCUACUCCUGCUCUGGCCUGGGACUUGCCUGUGUGGGUCACAAGGGGCCGGAGCCCAAAGCAUUGAGUGUCCUCUCUUUGGAGAGUACUGGUGAGGCCUUUGACAGGCCUUUCUUCUUGUCAGUGGAGGAAGCAGCUCACUGCCCAGCCCUGGGACAGACCCUGGGACCACGCUGGCCAGGUGGCUCUGGCCCAGCUUGUGCGUGCGUAUGUGCGUGUGUGUGUGCUCAGUAUCCCACAUCUAUGCAAAGGGUACAGCCACCUGUGCAGCUCCGGGCAGCGAAGGGGCAGCAGCCUGCUGGCUCAGGCUCCAAGCCCUGACUGGGCAGGGCACAGAAUGUGAGGCUGGGAGGCAGGACUGGUGGCUGGAGGCCAGGCCCUCUCACUGAGAGUGUUCAUCCGCCAAAGUGCCCCUUUUCCCUCCUGCUGAAUACCUCCUCCUGUUGGGCUGUGAGCUUUCCCUCCUGCCCUCGGCUUCUGCAGCAGAAAUCUCUGGGGCCUCCCCUCUCCUCAGCCUCUGGCCAGAGCUGAUUAGGUCCUGAGGAACAAUGUCCCCGGAGCCACCUCCUGGAGCUGCUAGUGUCUUGGAGCCCAGUGGCCAGAUGCGGCUUCUCCUUAGUUCUACGGCUUGUGCCAGAGCAGCCCUGCUGCCCUUCCAGUACAGACUUAGGCAGGAAUUGGGAGGCGGGGCCUGGAAAUGGGCACAGAGAGCUGGCUUUGAGAGAGGUUUAUUACAGAUAUCUCCCAAGGGGAUAACUUAGCUUUCCACUGAAACACCCUUCCCAAUUGCCACUAGCAAAGGGGUAUCUGACAGCAUUUUGGGGAGGGGUGGGGCAAAUUACAAGGUUCUGGGGCAAAGGCCUACAGAGGGACCUCUGCCCAGUGAACUCACAACCCUCUCUGACCUAGGGGACAAUGCAAAUGGGUCACAGUGCACUCACAUACUAGGCCAUC